GAAGAGGGAGAGCGAGGUGGCCAGGGCGUUGUGUUGGUUCCUCUGUGUUUCAGGAGGCUGCACGUCGGCGAGUCCUUCCUCUGAGCGAGCCGUAGAGAAAAGGGGACGUAACCGCACCAACCUUUUAAGCGAUGGGGAGCAAGAGGGUGGGUGUGGGGUCUCUGGAGCUACUGCCAUAUAAAAAGCCAAGUCUGAGAGCACGGCACCAACUCACCACACACACACAUCCACACACACACUCACAGUGGCUGCUCUGUAUCUCUCAUGCUCACCCACUCUCAUUAUUCUCUCCCUCUCCCUCCCUCUGUCUCGCUCCCUCUGUCUCUCACUCCAUUCCUCUGGGCUCUGCAUACUUCUUGCUUCUUCUCACAAGUCACAUUGUGUUUGUAAGUACGCGCUGAAUGUCUCCCUGUGUAUGCUUGGGUUUCCUUAAGUAUUUUUCUAUGUUUGAGUGACUGCUUGCCUACUUGAGUAUGACUGAGUGGAGCAGUGAGCUGUAUUAAGUGUAUGUGGGUCUCUGUCUCACCCUCACACACUCGCGACUCCUCUUGCAACUCUUUCUGGGAUCUCCGGGUCCCUUUCCUCGGUGACAGGCUCCCCACACUAAACAGUCACCAUUUCCGCCCCCGGGAGACCCACGCUGGCUGCGCAGCCCCUUCCCCGACUCAGCAUCGGGAGGAAGACCCUGGUGGCGGCUGCUGUGGGGGUUAUGCUGGUCCUGGUGCUGGUGGUGCUCAUCCCAGUGCUUGUCAGCUCCGUGAGUACAGAUGCCAGCCAUUAUGAGAUGCUGGGCACCUGUCGUAUGGUGUGUGAUCCUUACCUGAACAAGGGCACUCCGGCCAGCAGCACCAGCUCCACUGGUCUGCAGGGUGAGGCAGAGGCACUGACUGACCACAGCAAUGUUCUACCACCGUCCACCCUGCAGCAGGGCCCGCAGGGAAAACCUGGCAGGCCAGGGAAGCCCGGACCACCAGGACCACCUGGACCACCUGGGCCACCUGGUGAACCAGGACCACCAGGGCCAGCUGGACCCCCGGGUGACAGAGGGGAUCAUGGAAGGACUGGGAUUUUGGGUCUUGGGGGUAACGGAGCUAUCAGCACAGCCACCUACAGCACAGUUCCCCGGGUGGCUUUCUACGCUGGGCUUAAAAACCCCCAUGAAGGCUACGAGAUCCUAAAGUUUGACGACGUGGUCACCAAUCUUGGCAACAACUACGAUGGCAUUUCUGGCAAGUUCAUCUGCAGCAUACCUGGUACUUACUUCUUCAUCUACCAUGUGCUGAUGAGAGGAGGGGAUGGCACAAGCAUGUGGGCAGACCUCUGUAAGAACGGUCAAGUUCGUGCGAGUGCUAUUGCUCAAGAUGCUGACCAGAACUACGACUACGCCUCAAACAGUGUCAUCCUCCAUCUGGACGCAGGCGAUGAGGUGUACAUCAAACUAGAUGGAGGCAAAGCCCAUGGCGGCAACAACAACAAGUACAGCACCUUCUCUGGCUUCAUCCUCUACGCAGACUGAGAACAAACAGACAAAGAGACUGUCAAAAAAGGAAGAUACUCAGAGACACAGUUUCAUGACCACGGGUGGGGGUGGGGGGAGGCUUUGGGUUUGUUAAAAAAAAGCCAGAAUGCUUUCUAGUUUUCCUAAUUCUCUCCAUCAUCGCAGUCACCUCUGCUUCAUAUCCAUCAGCCAAGACGUCCCGGCUCCGCAGCCAAGCCCGGAUGGAAAACUCCCAGAGGACACACUGAGACCAGCAAGCAGGUGGCCAGGGAGGAGCGGGGUGUUAGUUCUGCUGGUUUUCCACACCCUUUGCCACAUUACCGACGUGUCAGAAGCUCCUCACUUACAGUGUCUCUCCUCUUUAGCCCUGCUCCAUUGCACAGAGAUAUCAACAGAAACAACAACCCUGCAAAAGUGGACGAUUCCACCUCUUUACUCCACAGUGAAAGCAGUCAGCUGGACCUUCAAUGGACGAGACUGACUGAAACAUGUAGUGUUGUUCCGUGCAAACUUACCUUGAUUGUGAUUUUAUUUUGUUGACAUGCAUAAUAUUCUACACAAAACAGAUUUAGAAAAAAAAGGAAUAUAUUUGUCCGUUGUGAAGAUAUCCUAUUUGAAUGAGAGAUGUUAUUUGUGAUGCAUAUAAGAGAUCUAAGAGCUGGAAAAGAAAUAUUUAAAUUAAGACUUUCAGUAUUUUAUUGCGGUGGGUGUUUUUUCUUCAUCAUUGGGUAUUACAAGGUAUCUACUGUAUGUAUUAUUCAUGUGGAGAAUAAUUAUACAUCCUGCACUUUCAAUAUAUAUGGAAAAGGUAACAUCUCAUAUAGACGAUGCCCCCUCACUCUGUUUCUUGCACUCUCACACUAUGUCCUGCGUCUCUUCGGAUUAAAGCAGACUUUAAAUAAUCUUUUCUUUGUUGUGGCUUCGUGUUGAUGCUCCAGUUGGCACAACAAGCCAUGAGAAGAAGUGAAAUCUUAAGAUUCAGGGGUUGCAUAGCACUGAUCCUUUCUUCUUUUGUGCCACGGUGAGCUCAUAGCUUUCUUAGGCGGCAAAAGAAAAAAAAAUCUGUCUUUUGGUGCAGAGGGCAGAAGGGAGAGUCCACCAGAUGGGGAGGUAAAGAAGGCAUUAGGGCAAUGUAACAGUGAGUGCACAAUUUUCUUGUUUCAGUGUUUUUUGUGGGAAGUCAUCCAUUCAUUAGCUACAUACAAAGUGACAUACAAGCAUUAUAGGAAGAUCUGUUGAACAUAGUGGCCUGACAGCUUGUGUGAGAGUGAAACUGAUUGGAUUGGUAAGUUUGUCUCUCAUGAUUGCGUGUCUGAGUGUGUGAAGCAUGUUGGUGCGUGUCUGCCGUUUACCAUGUGCCAUCUUUUCCCUUUUUUUUUUCCAGAGUUGCAGUACUCUUUGCUACAGCCAAUGACAGAUAUUUAAUCCAUCAGCCAAUGAGAUUUCGUUCUUUAGGGUGGAGCCUCUGUAGAUAAGAGGAGAAGAACAAACAGCUUUUAAUUGAAAUCUAUGACUUGUUUAUCUUAUCUUUUUGGAACUGUUGAAUACAUUUAAAUAAUAAAUGGGAUUAUUUUUUUUUUUUUGAGUGACUCGUCUCAAGAGAGUUCUUGAAUCCCAAAUACACUAAUUAGGAAAAAUGAAUUUCAAAAGAUCUCAUUCAGUCGGCGAGACUAACUAGCUAAAGCAAACAUUAUGACUGGAAAAUUGUGUGUCUUGUUCUGUGUAAGCGCUGAAUCUUAUUAAUGGGCUCACAGAGCAAACAUAAUAAUAAUAAUAAAAAAAUGUCUGCAGAUCCCUUGUCUGUCUUUUGCCUCAACGGAGGGAAGUAUAUUUAGGGUGAGGGGCGUCUGGGAAGAUAUGUUACUGUUUAUUCAACCUAAAGUUAUUCCUGGAGAUCAUCUACAUCUGGAAAAAGGUGCACUUGCAGAUAAUGACCUUCCAAGUAUAGAAAGUGGUAAAGUUAAAUAAAAAAAAGAGCUUUGAAUGGAGAUGAGUCCCUAAGUGAAAGCAGGCUAUUCCUCAGCUGGCAAUCACAGUGUCUUUUAGCAGAUUCCCAUCGACAGAGGGAAGAUAUACCCAGUGAGAAAGUGAGGAUGGAGGAGAAUAUACGGGGGGAGGAAAGAUAGGCGAGGAGCAGAAUAUAGUUUGACAAAGACAGAUGGAAAUGCGAGAGAAAGAGUAGGCUAUAGAGAGAGGUAAUGGGGAGGGAAUGGAUGGGGAGGAGGAGGGCAAAGUGAAAUCUAAGGAAGACAGACAGACAGAGAGGCAUGCUGGUGCCGAUUUGGGGUGACGAGGGAGGAGUGCUGGAUUGUUUUCAGGGGAGACUGAUUCCCUAUCGGAGCUGUGUAAGGUGUCAGGAGAGAUUAGUGAGCCUGAAGCUGGAGGGGAGAGGUUGCGAUAGCUUUAGAUUGGACGAGUGUCAAGGACUGGACGUUCCUCAGACCUGCUAGGAAUCGGAUGUGACACUGCUUGCCCUACCUUGAUCUUUAUAGGAUCAUGCACACAUCUGUCCGUCAUUUUAUUGCUUCACUUCAGUAGACAACAAGUUCAUCACAUUCACAGCAUUGGAAACAAAGGUAUUAGAGAAAGGGGAUAGGAGUGGUGUACUGGAGAAAUGUCUUAAACCUGUAUUCUAAAUUAAUAAAUCUAUUCAUAAAAUGUUUUUGUUCUUUGUUCUUAAAAAUAAAAAAAAUCCAAAAAUAUUCAUGUUCACAACACAGAUCAGAUCUUUAAUGUAUGAUGAGAAUGUUUUAGUUCAAACCUCAGCAGUAGGGAUAUCUUAAGGAAUGUCCAAGUCUGCUUGCUUUAAUUGUCUAUAUCUGAUAGUAAUAAAGUGGAAAAAAGUUUUUUCAGAACUUUUAUUUUCUUACAUUGAUUGUAGACAAGUAUCCACUGACUUUUCAGUGUCACACAAGAUUGUUCACAUCUUUUAGAAAAAUGCUCAGAUUUGAACCUUUCACCACUCCAUUAAUGCAUAGGGAUUUCUGAUUAUUGAUUAAAAAGAAAAAAAAAACAGUUUUAGAAUAAGAUUAUCAGAAUAAAUUAUAGAAAAAGUGAGAAGUUAUGAAUACAUUCAGAUGCAUUUAUAUUGUAUGCCUUUGUCAAAGUCCUCCUUCGAUGAACUCAGUUCAACCUGCAAAGUAUGCACUAAAUUCUAAGAAAACACCAAGGGUGGGGCCUUCAAUGGUUUUGGAAAGAAAAUAAAUACAUACAAGAAAAAAAUGCUCAAAUAAUACUUUUGUCAUUGCUGUUUUAAGAUAUAAACAUAAUUCAGAAUUUAUUUAUUUUUUUUGACUGGCUCGUAGGGUUUUGUAUUGUUUUUUUUUUACUGUAUAUGGAGAUAUUGGAUGACCAAUAAUAUGCUAAUACAUUUUUUUAGACCUUUAAGUCAAGGUCCUAACUAAAAUCCUAAAUACUGUAUGUUUUGACAUUUCUUGUAGAGAUGUCAUAAAG